GAAGAUAUUGGAGAGAAAAAUUACAGAAAAGUGGAGAUUGGAGCUAGUUGCACGCUUCUCUCUCUGCAUCUAUCACGCUUUCCGUCACCUCCUUUGGCUUCUGCUGUACUACCAUUAUCACCUCCAUUAUUUGUUGGUUUCCUCUCUCACUCUCUUCCUUCCCGUCCUUGCUUCCUCCUCCCGCCGAUCAUGGCGUCGCGCCAUGCGAUCGGUCCAGCGAGCUCGCCCUUCCCCCUGACAGGAAGAUGGGGCGUGAGAACGACGGAGAAGGCAGAAGCUCGCUUUGCUUUGUUCUCCUGGCAGCUACCGAGGAGGGCACCGACGCUGCGAGGCGUGAACGGGCUUUCGCUCUUCUGCAGAGCGGCGGUGGCGUCUCCGGGGGAAGAAACGAUCAGGAGCGGCGAGAAGAACGGGGAUCCGAUGGCGGAGCUUGGGCUCUCUCUCUCGUCCCUCAGGACUUUGGCCGUGGAGGUCGAGAGGGAGGAGGAUACUGCCGGCUCGCAUCGGCCGAUCGUCUCGGCGGAGAGUAUAGGUCGCUGGAUGCAGGAAUCCGUGCCUGAGAUUGUUCAGAGCAUUGAGGAGGCGCCCUUCAUCGUGUGUCUCUACUGCAAGAAGAAAGGCCAGGCUGUGAAGCUAACCAGAGAGAUGAUGGCAGCAGAAGAGCAGAGCUGGCGGAGGACGAGGCAGCAGGUGGAGGAGAAAUGCCCUGAUGGAAUCAUCCUGGUGAAGGAGCUCAAAGAGAUCAACCAGAAGAAACAAGAAGCCAGAAGCAGAUGCUCUAAAUCCUGGGGCUUGUUGGUCCAGGGGAGAGGAUCAAGCCCCUGUCUUUGCUAUGUCCUUGAGACAACUAGUGAGUGCUCUGCCAUUGGAUUGUGCACCCAUUUUUGUCUGAUCAAAGCAAAGUGCUAUGGUGAUCCUGUUGAAGCUCAGGUUAGAGAUUCAUGGCUUGGUAGUUGGUAGGGACGAUGACGGGGAGCUAUAAAAGCUAGUGGUUGCAGGUCAGGUCGCCUCCAUGGCGUAGCAUAGCCUUGUAAGACAGAAGCUGGACAACUCAUCUCUUUCUUAGUACACUGUCCCCAAGACACUGGCAAAGCCUCUCAUAGGCAUGUGCUUGUUCCCGGUGCAAGUUUUAUAAAACGCUGGGCAACUUGAUCUAGAUCCAAAUAUUGCAAAUUUCUGCAAGCCAUGAACUGAUUCUUAGAACACGUAUGGUACUGUGUUAACAUUAUUAAGAAAGUGAAUAAAAUUAUCAAGUUAUUGUUUAAGAAUUCAA